GUAUUGUUUAUUCGACACCGGCUUAUUUGCUUCAUCAUCAUCAUUCAUUGCAUCCUUGACUUUCGUCAAUUAAUGCUUUCGUCUGUUGCUCUUCUCUCUCAACUUGCCAGAACAAACUAAAACAAGGAAACAAGAAUUUUUUAGUUGGUUUUGUAAGGUUAAGAUCAUACUUUUUAUUCACCGUCUAAACUCUAGUUGACAUCAGGGAGGAUGGAGUUGCAAAUUGUUACACUUUGCUUGGUGAUUCUUUGUGCUUCAAGCUGCAUUUCGGCACACCAGAGAAAGAGGGAGGCGUGUUAUAAACCUGAAUUUGGCAAGAAUGUCAAAGGAGUGAGCACAUAUCCAAGGCCCCACUUGGACAUCAAGACUUCAGCUCUUCCUACUCAGUGGGACUGGCGCAACAUCAGUGGAGUCAACUAUGUCAGCGCAACACGUAACCAACAUAUACCUCAGUACUGCGGAAGCUGUUGGUGCAUGGCAAGUACAAGCUCCUUAGCCGAUCGCAUCAACAUCAAGCGAAAGAGUGCAUGGCCAUCUGCCUACUUGUCUGCCCAGAAUGUCAUAGACUGCGGCAAUGCUGGUAGCUGUGAAGGCGGAGACGCCAUGGGGGUCUACAGUUAUGCCCACACUAAGGGUAUCCCAGAUGAAACCUGCAACAAUUACCAAGCUAAGAAUCAGAAGUGUUCUACAUUUAACCAGUGUGGUACUUGUUCAACUUUCGGAGACUGCUUCGUCAUCCCUGAGAAGAAUUACACCCGCUGGAUGGUUGGAGACUAUGGUAGAAUCACUGGCCGGGAUCAAAUGAUGAACGAAAUCUAUAAAAAUGGACCAAUCAGCUGUGCGAUUGAAGCCACUCCAGAACUUGAGCAAUUUAGAGGUGGAAAGGUUUACUCGCAGUACAUAGCUAAUCCAAUGUUGAACCAUGCUAUUGCUGUAGCAGGAUGGGGAGUGGAUGAGAACGGUGUGGAGUUCUGGGUCGUCCGUAACUCAUGGGGUCAACCAUGGGGAGAAUCUGGCUGGUACCGUACUGUUACAAGUUCAUUCAAGAACAAUGAAGGAAACAAAUACAACCUGGGCAUUGAAACUGACUGUUCCUAUGCUGACAUCAUCCUUCCAUAAGGCAAUACUGCGCACCGUGUCACACCAGACAGCUGACAAAGAGACUAGUUCAAUACGACCUCAAAGAAGAAAUAAUGUCUUUAAAACAACAACAACAUUUUGGGGGCAUUAAAUGAGUCAGUUGUCAAGUGUAACAAAGGCCCAAUGGUUUAAUGCUGGUUUCAAACCAGAACAAGAUUGCGUGGGAAAGUUAUUAGCAUUUUCUAAGAUGUUCAGUGAAAAAUAUGAUGAAACAGUUUUGCAGGGAGCCAGUCAAUGUCUUGGUGGCUAUUCCCUGCCAAGCACAAUUUGUCAUCACUAUGCCCGGCACCUCUAUGAUAAUACUCAUGACUUUCCUUCUUCAUGCAAUAAGUGUUAAAUCAUAACAAUAAUAAUAAUAAUAAUAAUAAUAAUAAUAAUAAUAAUAAUAACAUGCAUACAAAAUUAACCAUGCAUUUCAUAACAAACUGUUUUAAAUGCUUUUCAUGGACCAACUCCCUCGAUCCAAGGACAUGUGUCCCUUUCGAGACCAAAGAUAGUACAAACUAAAUCUCUGAAACGCAAACAAACAAAAACCUUGAUGCUAUUUCAAUAAUUUUCUCCAGAUAUUCUUGGUAUGCAAGAAAAGAACCAUGUUUUUUAUGCAAAUAAAGCUGGCUUAUUUGACACCAAAGUUCUUUCUGUGAGAAAGACUAGUUGCAGUUUCAUUGUUGCGGUUUAUUGUAUCCGUUGUAGUUUCCAACAACUUUGUUUCAUUUUUGACACAAACUUAUCUGUACUUCCUUGUAUCUGUAUGUUACAACACAUAACAACUGAAAUCAUGUAAUUGUAAAUUUGGGUCAUCCCAAAUUCAAUCUAAAAAUAUUUUUUUUAAAUCGUUAUGUGCCCUUUAUACCGACUUUUUGCAGAAGUUUUGACUCAAUUCUAUGUAAGUUUCUAGGCAGGGUGGCUAUUGCCUGCUUAGGAAAUACUAAGUGUUGUGUUCCCUAUACAUUCAAUCUUUAUUGGGGGGCAUUAUUGUUAGAUUGUGUUUUUAAGCUUGAAAAAAAAAACAUGAAAAAGAAAGGGUUAAGCUUAUAUUAUAUGCAACCUUAACAAAUGUGCCUUAAAAUGUUUGUUUGUUAUCUUCAUUCCUUGUAUUUUGUGUAUCUUAUUUAAACAUGAAUAAUGUGCAUUUCACGAUUUGUUCCUUAUGCAUUGUUUGAUGUGAUAAAAUAAAUAUUUCUUCAGGAAGUUUUACAGAAAGUGCUUUUUGAA